AUGCAAAUUCCUAAAGUUCUCUACGUUCUCCUCAAUGUCAUGUUUCAUCUCUCUUUGCUGGGUGCAUUCGAAGAAGGAAGCUUCACACCAGGAGACGAUGACUUUGGGAAACAGCACUCAUACAUAUUGGAGCAUUCAUUGACUGGUGAAGACUCAGAUUUUCAAGUAAGGGGACAACUAGUCAUCCACAGUCUAAAGCCCUUGACAACUUCAUCUCAUUCAAGCAUCUCUGAGGCUGCAACUCUUGUCCAAAAUCGUCUUAGUGAAGUUGAUAUCAACAUCCUCAAGAAACAGAGUGAAGUGAAUGGAUUAUACAGAGUAAGACUCUCUUUGGGGCCUUCUUCAUAUGUUUCUACUCACCUCCCAGUAUGUGCCAUGCUGGAAUCACACUUCUCGGAUAUCCUCCGUGUGACUGUGGAUUCAGAUGGGAAUAUCCUUGGAAUCUGGGAGGUGACUAAUGUUGAAUAUUGCUCCAUCGAUUCCCAUUUUGAGACCCAAAAUCGAUUUAACACUACACUGGAAAUCCACAUGCUUGAACCUGGACCAACUCCUGAUACUGCAAGUUAUUUGCAAAAGCUUGAAGAAGACAAGAUGGCUCGUGAAAGAGGGGAUGGGAAAGAGCAGAAGAGUUUCUUUGCCAAGUACUGGAUGUAUAUCAUCCCAGUGGUGAUAAUUCUCAUGAUGUCUGGUGGUGGAGGAGCAUCUGAAGAUAGGAGAUAG